UGUGCUCUGAAAGUAACACGUGUCUUAAACUCCUCGUGUAGGAAUCUCAGUGCUUGUGGAGGCUUUGAGGUUUGCGAUGACAUGGUGACGAAGGACAUCAUGACGCCGCUGGUCGCCCUGCUCCAGGAGUGUAGCGCGGGACUGGAUUCCAACGAGGUGCCUGCGCGGGAAGAGAAGGAGCAGCACAGACAUUCUGUUGAGAACAUAGCCAACGAGGCGGUGAACGUGCUCUGGAACAUCUGUGAAUGCAGUAACAGAGCAGUGUCUAUAGUCAACAAAGAAGGGUGCUUGGAGAUGGUAUUAAAGUACUUAAGCCGGUUUCCCACCAACGUCGACCUGGCUAUUUCAGCAGCCUAUUGUUUGCAGACGGUAACUGAAGAUAACCCAGAGCUACUGAAAUCGCUCAGUGCCUCAGCGCUGCACGUGCUGGAAUCCGCCAUGCGGGCUCCUGUCAGCUCCAUGGCGUAUACCCUGUUGAAGACACUAGUGGCAGGCACAGUGUGGAACCUAAAGGACAUUAUUCCGUCCAAGAGUCAAGCAGAAAUCAUAAGCGCCAUCCUCAAGAUCUUGUCCGAAGUUUUGGAAAUGGACGCCGGCGCAGUGGUCCUUCAGAUGAAGGAGGCCGAGGCGCGGAGGCUGAGAACCGCCGCGGAGACCGAGGAGGUGCUGGAGAGCGUGGACGGCGCGGGCUGGACCGAAGACGACGAGAUGGAGGAAACGCCUCCCAAGAGAAGGGUCAGGAGGAAAACUUUCAUUUCGGAUUUACUUCCGCCCACUAACGAGGAGCUGAGAGAGGCCACGGCGCUGCUGACGGCGCAGCAGACCGCUCUGGAGAUCAUCGUCAACGUGUGCUGCAGUGAAGAUCCCUCGGACGACGAGUGGGAGGAAGAGCUUUCCAGCAGUGACGAGAGCGAGGCGUUCAUGGAGAGUUCCCUGGGCGAGGGCGGGGGGCAGCUGCUGUCUCCCCUCUGCCUCUCGCAUGAGACGCACGCCGCCCUCACCAACUUCCACAUCCCCAGGAAGGUGUUUGAGAAAACUGCCUUUCCCAGCAGCGCUGCUGUGGACGUGUGUUCCAGGAACCCCACGUGGAAACCUUUGGUUAGAAAGAUGAACACCGUGCAGUGGCGAGCCCUCGUGUGUCUCCAGAGUCUCGUGUCCCUGCUGGAGGUGGAGCACCUGGGCGGGGCGCCGGCCCUCCAGGCCCUGGCCCAGCACCUGUCCACCCUGCUCUUUUCUCAGCCAGACUUUGCCAAGCACAUGGACUUCCUGGAAGCCAUCAGCAGCGCCUUGAGGGCCCUUCUGCAGACAAUGGCCGCCAACAACAUUUCUCAGUGCAUGACCCCCGACCAGCUGAUGACGCUGUGCAGAGCCGGUGUCCAGAGCGGCAGCGUCGGGGUGAGAGUGAACGUGGUGAGCAUUUUGGGAAUCACGGGCAGCGUCCUCGCCAAAGAAGAUGGUGCACUUGAAACUCUCAAGACCAUCGGGUGCUUCCUGCUGGAGGUGGCCACCAAGGACCCGUCGCUGGUGGUGGUGGGAGAGGCCCUGGACGCCCUCUUCGAUGUGUUCGCUGACGGCAGCGAAGCUGAGAGGGCCUCGGUGCAGAUCCGUUUGUUAUCUGCCCUGAAGGAAUUCCAGCCGGUCUUCAAGAUGAAGAUCCGAAAAGAAGGGAAAGGCAAAUACAGUCCAGAUCAGCUGUGCGUUCUCAACAACGUGAAGACGAACUUGAGGAGGUUCGUCGCUUAUCAAGAGACUGUUGAGAAAAGACUGACUGCUUGACCUGUUGAAAGAGGGCAGUUCUCGUCCCAAAGUGCUCAACUGUGCAGGUUCCCUGGUGCGGUGCAUUUCCGUUAUUCAACGUCUGUGUUCUGUGUGUUAAUGUGAAGUUCUCAGAACUUCGAAGCCUGUCAGAAACCCUUCCUUCCUUGAGCUCUGGGAUUGGGGUGGCGUUUCCCAUGCUCUCUCUGCCUCAGUCACUGGACACGGGACACGGGAAGGCUGGGAGCUGGGAGGAGCCUUGUGGUGCUCUGUGAGCAGCGCAGAAACUUGACUUGGAUGCUCUUUUAAGCCAGUGUCCUUUUAUACUAGCUGAAUUUUUAACACAUUUGAAGACAAGCUUUAUGAAAGACUUUUGGUAUGAAGUAUAUCAAUUAUGUUUACCUUUUGUGAAGUGAAUGAAUUGAAUUUGUAUUCCACUAUUUAGUAGAAUGUACGAAAGAGCUAAUGAGGUCAUUAUCACCCUCUAUAUAAACAGAUCAGAUCAAUUAUUGCUUUGUAACCUUGUUUAAUUUGAUAUGUCAUCAGAAUUGGAGGAAAAUAUUUUUAAUAAAUAACUUUUUAAUCAAAA